AUGAAAGAAAAUAAACUCAAGCGGCAUCUUAACACUGUUCAUCCCACAUUGGUUAAUAAACCAUUACAAUUUUGGAAGGAACACCAAAAUAAAAUAAAACGUAUGCGCCUUGACUGUCCUUCCAAUCCACUUACAGUUUCUUUACAAAAAACUACAAAAGCGUCAUUUGACGUUGCUUGGAAAAUUGCACGCUCCAAAAAAGCACAUAACAUUGGAGAGGAACUAAAGCCCGCAGCUAUUUCUAUGGUUAGGACGGUCUGCGGAGAUGACAUUGCUAAUAAAUUAAAAUUAAUCCCACUUUCGGAUAACACGAUUAAACGUAGGAUAGAUCUUAUGUCUGAAAAUAUUUUAAAGCAGCUAUUACAUCAAGUGAUUGCAGCAAAUAAAUUUUCCAUACAAAUUGAUGAAUCAGUUGAUAUUCAGAAUAACGCACAAUUGAUGGUAUUUAUACGCUAUCGAAGUACUGACGAUUUUCAUGAAGAAUUUUUUUUUUUGUGA